AUGAUCGAAGAUCUUCUCGCAGUGACGAGCCUUAGUCGGGCCUCACUAUGGGCUCUAGGACUAUUUGUUACAUUUUGCGUAUUCCGCAAGUUCCAAGCCUCAGCACAGAUCGCCCGUCUCGGUGUCAGAGCUCCCAAAAUUAAAUUCCGUCUCCCAUACGCUCUCGACUUCAUUUUCCAAGGCUACCAAGCCAAUAAAGAGUACAAAGACUUAGAAUUCUGGGAUACACAAAUCUUGCAUGCGGGCGGCUUGACAAAUGUGAAGACAGCCGAACUCGACGCUGGUAUUUCCACCCGUAUGAUCCUCACCAAAGAUCCAGAGAAUAUCAAGGCAGUCCUCACCGGCCAGUUCGCCGACUACGGCAAGGGUGAGUCCUUCCACCGGGAGUGGAAAGAAUUCCUAGGCGACAGCAUCUUUGCCACAGACGGAGAACUAUGGUCUCGUUCCCGCCAGCUCAUUCGUCCCAUGUUCGUGCGUGACCGCAUCGUCGACACAGAAAUCUUCGAGAAGCAUGUUCAGAAACUCAUCCCGCUUCUCGGCGGCAGCGACUCACCCAGCAGCAGUAAGGUAGUGGAUGUUGGAUCACUCUUCUUCCGGUAUACCCUCGAUGCAGCAACAGACUACCUGCUCGGCAAGGGAACCGACAGUCUAGAUAACCCGGCAACGCGGUUCGCCGAGGCGUUCAGAUAUGUGCAACAGCGUCAAGCUGAGUAUUUCCGUUUCGGAGUCUUUAACUCUGUCAUGUCACGCACCGAAUUCCGCAAGAACCUCCGAAUAAUGGACGACUUCAUGCAGCCCUACAUCCAAGCCGUCCUUGCCCGCUCAGCCGGCGAACCUAACGAGAAGCUUUCAACCGACGAGACCUUCCUUGACGCCCUAGCCGGCUUCACCCGCGAUCCCCGCGUUCUCCGUGACCAACUUGUCGCCGUCCUCCUCGCAGGUCGUGACACAACAGCCGCCACACUAUCCUUCUGUCUCUUCGAGCUAUCGCGCAACCCGGAAGUCGUCGCUAGGCUGCGGGACGAAAUCCGCGACCGACUCGGCGUCGGCGCCAACGCCCAGAAACCCAGCUACACCGAUCUCAAGGAAAUGAAGUACCUUAGCGCAGUGCUGCACGAGACGAUGCGUGUAUACCCAGUCGUGCCAUUCAACGUGCGCAACUCUCUACGCGAUACAACGCUCCCACGCGGUGGUGGGCCAGACGGGCGAUCACCUGUGGGUGUGCGUGCAAACACGCGGAUUGUGUACUCGACGAUGCUAAUGCAGCGGGAUCCUGAUCUGUAUGACGGUCCGGAAUCGAAGAACUACUUCGAUCCUGGGAAGUGGAUUCCUGAGCGCUGGGUUUCUGGCUGGCAGCCUAAGCCGUGGCAUUUCAUUCCGUUCAAUGGUGGACCACGGAUUUGUAUUGGGCAGCAAUUUGCUACCAUUGAGAUGGGGUACACUGUUAUUCGGAUUUUGCAGGCUUAUGAGCGCAUUAUUGCGCUCCCGAUUGGUGGUAAAGAUAAAGUUGAAGACCCGGUGCUUCGGUUUGAAGUUACUCUCAGUCCUGGCUCCGAGUUGAAUUGCGUUUUCCUCAAGGAGGGUGAAGAGGGUGUGCGCAGUACCGCUCAGUCGAGUGCUACUUGA